CCUGCUUAGCUAAACGUGUACGCGGGGGUGAAUCGUUCAGCUGCGAGCUUACCGAGUGCAGUUUUCGUACGAAUUUUUGUCCUCCCCUUUUUCUCAUGCAGUCACUUCGUUAGGGUAGUGUUAGUGUCGCUCACCAGCAGGCUAGAUUUUCCUCCUUGUGGUACGCUUUUCCAGUCCUGCCGUCGUGCUUUCGCGCUCGGAAAACUGUCGCUUGCCGGUCAGACGCUUUUCAGUGCUUGAAGUGAGAGCAACUGUUCUCCAGUUGAACAGUAAAAGGAUAAUUCUAUUUGAGUGAUAUUUUAAAAGUGUUUUUUUUUGUUGUAAAAACAAGUUAUUCACAACAAGUGUUUUUUAAGCGUCUCAUCAAGGUUUUUGAGUGAUUCUGCUGACAGUUUCGACAGCGGUUUUUUGGAACAAUCGAAGUUCAAUUUUGGCUAUGCCCACCUGCUAUCAGUUUGAUCAGUUUUUUCGCUAUCUACACUAGGGUAACGUUAUAUAGCCUUGACUGUGGCACAGUACAAUGUGCAAUCGAUAUAUCUGUCUACUGCGACCAGAUUCACUUCAUUGUGGCUAGUGGGUUGUUUAGCGGUGUUUAAAACCAGUCUACAUACUUUGAUUCUUGUAUUCUCAAGUGUUUUGCCCACCAUUCGUGUGACGUCAAUCAUCGUGGAACUUCGAGCGACCAGUUAUAUCGUUGUCUGGGUCGUGAGCGGUGCGAAUCUACGCAAAGACUUCCGAAAAAGCAAACAUGAAGAGCAACCAUUUGGUGGUGGUUAACAGCAAUUAUCAAAACAGACAAACAAAUGAUUAACCAAAAGCAGGCAGUCAGUGUUGGAAAGCUUUAAUGCAAAUUGAUAGUGAAGCUCAUUGAAGCGCCCGUGAAAGAAAGGAAAAACCGGAGUAAUUACUCGACGACGCGAUCGUCUUGGUGGUGCGUUUAAGUGUUUUUUUUUUAUAUCGUGGCUGUUGUUUUAUUCUGAUUGUUCGGAAGUAACAGGGUGAAACGAUCAAUUAAUCGAUCUACGUCAGAGUUUUGAAAUAGCACAGAAAGAGCAGGUGGUGCAGCGGACAGAGCACGCGGAGCUAAAUAGAUCGUUCGAUCGAGCGCCGUCGCAUCAUGGGACCCACCAGCAACACCGUGGAAGAUGAUAAUAUCCUUCCGGACCUGCCGAGCGCUCUGAUAGACACGAAUGACCUGUUGGAUCUUAUAACAAAUAUAAUCGACGAAGAAAUGCCACCCACAGCACAGAAGCCGUUCGUCGUGAUAGUCGAACAGCCACAGUCGAAGGCCCUCCGGUUUCGCUACGAAUGCGAGGGUCGCUCGGCCGGUUCGAUACCGGGGGUGCACAGUACCCCGGAGCAGAAGACCUUCCCCAGCAUUGAGGUACGCGGUUUCAAGGGCCGAGCGGUUGUGGUCGUAUCCUGCGUCACCAAGGAUCCCCCGUAUCGGCCCCAUCCGCACAAUCUGGUCGGCAAGGAGGGCUGCAAGAAGGGCGUCUGCACAGUCGAGAUCAACAGCAGCAGUAUGACCUACACUUUCAGCAACCUGGGCAUCCAGUGCGUUAAGAAGAAGGACAUCGAGGAUGCGCUACGUCUGCGAGAGGAUAUUCGUGUGGAUCCGUUUAAAACUGGAUACAGCCACGCAAGACAGCCGGCCACCAUCGAUCUGAACGCCGUCCGACUGUGCUUCCAGGUGUUCUUGGAAGGCCCACAGCGGGGUCGAUUUACCGAGCCCCUCCAGCCGGUGGUUUCGGAUAUUAUCUACGAUAAGAAGGCCAUGUCGGAUUUGGUGAUUUGUAAACUCAGUGAUGUAACCGCCUCCGUUGCUGGUGGCAAGGAGAUUAUUCUGCUGUGCGAAAAGGUCGCCAAGGAGGAUAUUUCGGUACGGUUCUACGAGGAACAGCACGGAAACAUCGUGUGGGAGGAUAUCGGAGAGUUUCAGCAUACGAACGUACACAAACAGGUGGCCAUCUGCUUCCGGACGCCACGAUACCGAACGAUCGAUGUGGAGCAUUCUGUGAUGGUGAACAUUCAGCUCAGGAGGCCCUCGGAUGGAGCAACCAGUGAACCUCUGCCAUUCGAGCUUUUCCCGCUUGACUCAGGUAGGCGUAGAUUCUGGUCCCUACAGCGUGACAUACUGAAGAAUGACUCUCCGGAGAAUGAGGUGUUCAAGAAGAUUCUCGCGGAGGGUACCGCGGUCCCGGUGGAGCCUAAGGUGGCUCCUCCCGCUGUCGCUGAGUCGGACGAGGUUAUCGUGCUGGACACUCCGGUAGCGGAGAACAAACCGAUCGUAACGGAGCAGAUUCCCAGCGAACAGAAAACGACCGAAUGGAUCGAGCGAAACGAAUUCAACGAUGCUAACAAUAACAGCGUCGAUAAUCAGAUGACUCUGGUGGAGGAGGAUAAUCUGUUCACCAACGGGUCCGUAGAGCAGCAAGUUCCGAAGGAAGACGAAGACAAAACGCUAAACGAACUGCUCGAGCAAGUUGCCGAACUGGAUGAGAUCUACACCGAUCACCAGUUGAGGCGCGAAAAUAUGAUUAUCGAGAAUGAAUUGAAAAAUUUGGAAAAAACUGUCCCAACCGGUCUGGUGGGAAACGGAGAAAAAAUGGAUAUUGAUGAUGUGUUUGAUGAUGCUGCCACCUACACGAGCUUGCAACGUGCCUUCAAAAAUCCGGUUCCCCUUGCGUUAGGUCCUCCGGUUCCACCGCGCCCCCAUAAUCCGCUUGACCCUCUAGACCCCGGGGUCUACGAUGCCGUAGAACCCGCGAUCAUUAGUCCGCCAAUCAUUGAAAUCACCUCUUUGAAACGGGACAGUAGGGACGAGGAAAAGCUUCCUCCCCUGCCCCCGAAACGUGCAAAACCAAACAGUCAGAAUAAGGAAAAUUACGACGGCGAUGAGGUCAUUCUUCACAGCAUCAUUCGAAAAGGGUCAAUGCGUAGUUUAACCCCGCGUCCACAGUCUGAUCAGAUCAUUAUCAUGAAGUCCCCCGAUAGUCCCCCAAACAAGAAACUUCCACCCACACCGCCAGCAUCGCCAACUAAGAGCGACUACGGCACUUUACCAAAGAGCAAAAAACCUGGCUUCUUCUCAAAGUUAUUUUCCCGCAAAAAGAGCAAAUCCGACCUUUCCGGUAGUACGAAUACACUCACGAACAAGACCACCCCGGGUGGUUCCAAGGAGCCAAGUGUGGUCAAUUUUGAGCCAAACGAUUCCAUCCGGAGUAAGACUUCCAUCGGGGAGAAGAGUGAGAAACGUAAAGCUAGCAAACCGGUUGCUCGAAGUGCUAGUAGCGUUUCGUACAAACGACCGACUACGGAGUCUAACCCGGACGUAAUCUACAUCCCACUGAAGGGUGACGGUCCCACUUCAACCAAUCUUGCUUCCCACAGCGGCAAUGGAGGCAGUGUAACGCAUCUGUCGUUGCCCGGUAACGAUAAUUACGAGCGAGCCAGUACGGCUUCGCUGCCCCCACUGGAUCGGAAAGCGGUCAGUGCCUUGCAACUGGAUGUGCCAAUACAGGACGGAAAUCUGGAACUGGUUGCCAUUGCCGACGCAAGAAGUAUCAAGAAUCUGGUUGAAGGAGACUUUGGCAUCAAGCUUGAUCCUAGCGUCGAUCUUACCGAGGCUGAACACUUUGCCCUGUACACCUCAAUAGCCCCGAAUGCAGCUCUCAGUGAGUUCGACGAAACCUCCUGCUAUUACUCCCCGGUCGAACCUGGCCCGCUCAUAUUCCACCAACAACAACAGUCGCAGCCGCGUAUCAACAGCACAGCUUACAGCGCCGACGUUUAGACAG